CGCCCCUUGCAGCCUCUCCCCUCUUGGUCCUCCCCACGCCUAUCUACAUAAACCUUGUUUACCGACGCCCAGGCCUAGGGUGGCCGCUGCCAGUGUGAGGCGUUGGCAAUUAGGGCGCAGAGGGUUUGAAACGAAGCCUGCCCUACGGCGCAGAAUGAGCGCGACCCUCUGGAAGGGACUCCGAUGCCCAGCAGCAGCAUGACCCUCACAGCGACAUGGCCGACAGCAAGGCCAAACCCACCAAAACUGCCAACAGGACACCCCCUAAGUCCCCAGGGGACCCCACGAAAGACAAAGCAGCCAAGAGGCUGUCACUGGAGUCAGAAGGUGCCGCUGAGGGGGCAACUGCCACUGCCCCCGAGCUCAGCGCCUUGGAGGAGGCCUUCCGGCGCUUCGCAGUGCAUGGGGACACGCGAGCCACGGGGAAGGAGAUGCACGGGAAGAACUGGUCAAAGCUGUGCAAGGACUGCCAGGUGAUCGACGGGAAGAACGUGACUGUCACCGACGUGGACAUCGUCUUCAGCAAGAUCAAGGGGAAGUCUUGCCGGACCAUCACCUUCGACCAGUUCCAGGAGGCGCUGGAGGAGCUGGCAAAGAAGAGGUUCAAAGACAAGAGCGCCGAGGAGGCGGUCCGCGAGGUGCACCGGCUCAUCGAGGGCAAGGCGCCGGUCAUCGCGGGAGUCACAAAGGCCAUCUCGUCUCCCACCGUGUCACGGCUGACCGACACGACCAAGUUCACAGGUUCCCACAAGGAACGCUUCGACUCCUCAGGGAGGGGCAAGGGCAAGGCCGGCCGCGUGGACCUGGUGGACGAGUCUGGCUACGUACCCGGCUACAAACACGCGGGCACCUACGACCAGAAGGUGCACGGGGGCAAGUAGCGUCGCGCAUCCAUGCCCGCCCGUGACGCUGCAGGUGUCCGGGAGCAGGACUACACCCACCUCUUCAUUACAUUCCCGUGGAUGUCCCUGUGCUCACUCGGGCAGAACUCAUAGGGGCCUAGCUGGGGCUGAGGCAGCUGGGGGGACCACUCCAGGCCUCCCUCCUGCUUUAUGCCCAACCCCUCUCAGACGCCAGGUUUGAACCCUGAUUCACUGACAUUCCCUAACACACCUGCCUUGGCCUGAGCUGGAAAGGGGACGGACAUUUCCAAAGUGUCUCCUGGGAUUGCACCACACUGGCCACCUAGUUUGAGGUGAAAGGGGUGUUUUAAAGGAGCCGGUCGCAGGGACUCUGGGAAACAGACUUUGUAGAGGCCACCCUGACUCACUACUGGUAGACACUUUCCAGGAGGCAGCAGGAGCUAAGGAACUAACCAACAGCACAAAAAUAACAGACUUGGUCCUGUCUGUGGCCUGUCCUGUGGCAGAUACCAGAGUGCUCUGAGCCUUCCUGGUGAGGGUGGCAGGUCCCACAAGCACUCGAUUGCGCACGCUCACACACAAUCGUGCACACAUACCCACACACACACUUGCAUUCACAGUUUAAGUAACAGGAAGGCUGAGGGGCACAAGGGUAGCUUUCUGCUGCCCAGAGGAGUCUCCUGGCAUGAGAGGUUGGCACUCUUCCAGUUUGCUUUCCUAAGAAGAUUGGUGUCUGUGUGUCCACUCUCAGAGCAGGUGAGAAGAUUCAGGAUGUCCUGUCCCCAUGUUGCCAGGUGGGAGCCUCACCAGCAUGUGCCUGGCAUCUGUGCCCAGCCUCCCGCUGGCCCAUGCUGGUCCCUGCUUUGCCCCCAAACCUCCUGACAACCACAGCCUGUGCAAUGUCACCUCUCCCUAAGUGGCCCUCUCUAACCCUGCCCACCCUGCUGGGUGCAGGACACUAAAGAGAAACAGGCUCAGGGAGGACCCUCCAGGCCUGCAGCAUUGACUGGAGUUUCAUCCUGUCCACCUGCAGCCGAGUGCAGAGGAGUCAGUGGGCAGAACCUGUCCAGGACCCCCAUACAGUCACACCUCGAGCACAGAGCAGGUGGCCUGUCCUUGUACCUGUCUGCACAAGAAUUGGGUGUGCUGUUCCAUCCUGGGGAUGCCAAUCAGUGUGUCCACCUGUUGGCACAAUGGCCCCUGCUGUGACCUGUCCCUUGACAUGAACAACUACAGCCUUGAGUGUGACCUGCUGGGCCAUGUGGUUUUCGAGCUGAUCCUGGAAAGAGUCUGCAGCAGCCUUGGGGAAAUACUCUCAGGGCAGAUGGCUGUCCAGGCCUGAGAUUAUGGCACAGGUGGGCAGCAGUCCUCUCCUGCAUGGCCACUGCAUACAUACCACCCAGAGAGCACCUGGUCAGGAGCAGCCCACCCACCUGGGUGGGGCUAGAGCUUCAGGGUUCUCACCCAAGUGGUCCCUAAGAUUUGAGAUCUCCCCAGACCCCUCAAAAGGGAUGCCUCAACUCAAGGAUGGGGUGACUCAGUGGGCAGCUUUCUUCUGAGGUUCUGGAUGUCCACGGUGCCUGGCAUUGAAGACCAAGGAACACUAGCUCUCAGGCCUCAAGACUCCCUUAAGGGGUGUCCCACCCUGCCGUAGGAUCCUGGCUGUCCCAGACUGCCCCUCCCAUGAAACCUAGAGGCAAGUGAUACCCUGGAAUGUCUGAAGACAACUUUUGUGGGAAGGGUUUAAUAAUCUGAUCACAACCCAGAAAACCCAUGUGUUUAAAAUACCUGUGACUUUCACUAAGAGUUACUAAACAGGGCUCUUGUGCAGGUGGAACAGCUCAGGGUGAGAAGAGCCAGCACCCCUAACCCAUCCAGGAUUCCUGCCUCCCCAGAAGCCCCAUUUAGAGCAUGGCCCUGAAGGAAUGCUUUCUCUGUCAGAGGCUGCUUUUCUCUCAUUCUUAUGUCCAUGAACAACCUGGUCACUACGGUCACAGCUAAGUCACCUUAAACAGACAUGAUUCUAGCAGGACCUCAGCCCUAGAGCUGGGCAUGCCCCGCCAGGACAGAGGGACAGGCUAGAUCAGUGUCUGAGAUUCCAGGAUGCACACCAGGGACUGAUGCUCUCCUGGACCAGAGAUCAGUGGGGACACAUAACCCUGAAGGGAGAGGGGCCAGGACACUUUCUCCUGUUCAGCGGGCCAUCAUCAAGCAAGAAUAGUGUCCAGUCAUAGGUCCAAGCCCCGUCAGGGCUGGCUGCCUUUGCCGCACUCUGGGAAACUGGAUCUAGUCAGAAGGAAUAAUGCAAGUGCCUGUCCUCGAUGGGACUGCAGCCCACCCUGCCUCUCAGAGAGCAGGGCCCUGUAACAGACAGGUCACCAUGUCCCAGGGUCAGCACACCUUACCACAGUGCCCUUCCCAGAACUGGACAGAAUAGCCCAGGGCAGUGGGCCCCCUCCAUCACCCCAAUCUCAGGCCCCUGGAGGAAGCUCUGUGACAGUGAACACUUCAGAAUGCAUUCCUGACAGCUGCAGCAACUUCUGGGGUUUUGAAUGAAAAUCAAGGGCCCGUUCUGCCUUGGUGGCCUUCCUUGCCCUCACCUGGACAACUUUGGGCUCCUGGAGGGGGAGGCCUCAUGCCCCAGACUCUCCCUCCAUGUACUCUUCCGGUGGCACCUGGUACACAGCACCAAAAGGCCGAUUAGUAGUCUCCAGUGCAUCCCCUGCCCACUCCCCACAAGUCCCAAGGUUUCCUCAGGCACAUGUGAGGCAGGACAGCAUCCUUCUCAGUCAGUUUCAAAGUGUAGAUUUGAAACACACUCUCCCUCCCAUCUAUGUCACCUAGCAAGGAAGGGGUAGUAGAAAUUAGAUCAUGAGGACGUAGUAGUCACCAUUCUGUCAGUUUAAAAUUGUCUGUUGGAUUUGUCAUUGCAUCUGUAGGUAGCCUCUGAACACAGAACAUGUGCUUGGACCACAACUUCACUGGACAAAACAGACACACAUUCUCCCCAGUUUCUGAAUAUUGUGAACACACAGGCAGGGUGUAUGUCUUUUUUGCAUGUUUGUAUGCAAUGCCAAUUAGCUUCUACUAACCAUGGCUAAUUAUAAAUUAAAUGUCUAUAUGUGAAUAAAAGAAACUGCACAGCAUGCAACCAGGAGACAGGGACAGCUUCUGUCAGGGGUGACACCCAGGACACAGGGACAGGUUCUAUAUGGAGGACAAUGCUGACAGCGUCUAAAUAUCAGGAAAGAAGAGGGCAGGAGAACGCCAACACUGAUCACACCAGAAUAUUUAUUUAUUUCUAUUUAAUGCUACAGGAUAAGCAAUUAGCUAGUGGUCGUAAGUUAGCUUUACCAAAAUCAAAGUUCAAAUUGUAUGUUUAAAAUAUCACAGUGAAAGAUUUAUAUUUAUACUGGAGUAUUUUUACACCUCUUAAUAUCCUUGGUCUUAAGUUUGGGGCAAGUGAAAUUAUAGCACAGGCCCAUAAAAUGGGAAAAGGCUGUGCAGGGCUGCUUGCCUUGUGUGCCGCCAGUGUCUGUACCAGUGGGAACAGCUCAGGUGGGUGGGGCAGAGACUGCCACCCAAACUGGGCUGCCCAGUGCCUGUGCUGUGAAGUCUCAUGGCACCCUACGCUGUGCUUACGUGUCUAUAGCUACUGCACUAGAGCAGGGUGGAGCUGACAUAGACGCCUCGGCCCUCAGCUCCUAAGGGAAAGGACCCGUCCAGCUUGUGCUUUCUGCAGGUGACUAUGCUAGCUACUCCACCCUGCAGCACCCACUACACAGGGCUGCCGUGCCAUCACCUGCUCCAGACAGCACAGGCUGGCAAUUCAGCUGCACUGUGAAGUAAUUGAUGGGUGGGACACCCUCAAACACUGAUGCUGAGUAACUCUCCUCCAUUCACAGCUGGGUAUGUGGGUGUUGGGGGCCCAGGGUGAUGUGUGGGUGAUGCUUUAGUUAACUAAUGCUCUUUCUUUAGACCUCUUGAUAAACUAAACCAAGCCAAACAACAGGGGAAACCUGUUCCGCUUAAUGGAAACUUGAAAGGGAUAAUGUAUACUACUAGUUUGUACUAAGUUUUUUUCAAGAAAGGAAGACAAAUAUAUAUAUAUAUAUGCAAUAUAUUUUUACACUGUUUUGUUAAUGUUAGGGACUACUGAGCAUAUCACUUUAUCAGUGUGAUGGGUAACACCCAUGUCGUGGGUGUUCUGACACAGGAGGGCUCUUCUCCUGACCGCCACACUCCUCAGGAGUGCCUUGGGGGCCCUGCUGCCCCUGCAGAGCGUGAGGUGUGGAGCCCCUGCUGGACAUGCUGUCGGCCUGGCUUGCAGCCUGUAGUGAAAACAGCUUGUGUUUGUCUGCUUGUUGCUCCUCAUAUGUUUGCUGUUGUUAACAUUGUGUGUCCAAUUGAUAAAGUGAUUGAAUAAAGGUGUUAGAAUGUU